UGCAUGUCGUUUUGAUGGGAUGGGCUGGGAUCUUAUACCCACUGUGCAGUAGACUGGUUUGAUCACUUUAGCUAGAGCUAAGACUUGUAAAACAGUUUGGUAUCGAAAGAUUGGCUGUACUUUGCAAAUAACAUGAAGAUCAGUUACAUAGUGGCAGCCUUCCUAAUAACAUUCCUUGGACCGGGAAAAAGUGAGACAGUUGAACAUGCCCCCAGCGUCACUCCCCUAAACUAUGUAGGGAAGAUCACCACAGACACAGUCAUAUUGUCAACACCACAAUGCUACUUUGGAAUCCCAACCAACUCAUCUUGCAACCAGACUGACUGUGAGAUCUGGUUGGUGCCUGCACUGAAGUCCUCAAUCAACAAUUUUGAUGCAGAUCAAACAAACCCUGAUCUUUUGAGCCUGUCCCCUUAUCCCACUGCAUUCACUGCCAACGGCUCAAAGAACUAUUUCCUGACUAAAGUGGGACUCCUGAAAGAUUUCCUGUGUUCAUCUGCAUUUGCUAGAGACUCUGGAAGCACUUAUUUCAGAGUGGGAUCAGAGGGAAGCUGUACCACUACUAACUGCAAUGGAGUGCUACCUGAUGGCUCCACUGUGAAUUUUAAGUAUCUCGUUCUUGAUCCUGCCAACAAGGCGGUUUUAUCUGAGACAAAGUGGUCUGAUGACAUCUCUCUGUACACCUCGCAGAAUCCUGAUGCCAUCGAUGACAGCCUUCCUGGAAGAUCCGCUGCAAUGGUGGUCAUCACAGCAAUCCUGUCUGUUGCUAUGUUUUUCCUCCUGGUGUUACUCGUGACCAUGCUCAUCUUAGCUUUGUGCUGGGGUGAGAAGGAGCCAAUCCAAGUUCUAGGAUCCCUGCGCAUUCCACAGUAUGACACUCACCACUUUAAGGACCCAGCUCCCCAUGUUAACCCAUCUUAUGAGCAUGACCAGAGAGGCCACCCUAUAUUCAACGUGCCCAGUCCCAUUAAGCUUCAGGAAUUUGAUUAAUAAAUCAUGAUGUGUAGCCAAUAAUUCAAGUAUUUCGUAUGAAUAGAUCUACAGUAUACCACAAGAUUAUUUUGGUGAGGAGGAGACUUAUUAAACAAUGCUUUUGUUAGAACAUUCCCUUAGACACUUUUAAACAAAUCUACAUUUGAUGUAAAAUGACAAAAUAGAGCAUGCACUGAAAAAUAAAGGCAUGACCAAAGAGAUUGGACCAGGUAGGCCUACUAACUGUUGUAUCUCUUAGUGCAUGCCAAAAAUCUUUUUUAAAAUGACUUGGUAAAUUGCUCUACAUCUACAACAGGAAUAAAUGUAUGUUUGGUAUGGAUUGGAUUGAUCCCGGUUCAGUAUUUUUAUGCCACACCCAAUUUGCAUGUAUAUCAGAUGUAAUGCUUUCCUCACGAAACACUAGACUCACGACUUGCUUUUUCUAACCAGACUGCCUUUUCUGUUUCUGUUUCUGUUUUUUUUUUACCAAAAUAUUAAACUAAACUCUAAAUUCUA